UCCCUAGUUAGGAUAACGGACGGCCAUUGCAUUUUGACUAGCGUAUGGUCCGGGCCGCCUGUCCAUUUAUAGUUUCUUCGGAGACGGUGGGGAAAACACGCCGCCGUGGCGACGCCUGCUUCUCGGCAGCAAUUCCAGAUGCCCCUCCGGCAAUCGCCUCUUAUUUCUCCCGCCGCCCUCGCCCAAAACCCUCGAAGCCCUAAUCUUCUUCCCCUUAUCCUUCUCUCCAGAGGACAUGCUCCCCGCCGUUUGUCUCUCAGCGCCCGCCUCCCUCGCCUCCUGACUUCUCGCUGCUCGCUCAAGCGGACCGAUGCAGUGGAUGCGGAGGCGGAGCCGUUUGUGACGGAGCUCAAUGUGGCGGGAGGGGGAGCGGACAACCGCCAGAAAGAGGGAUCGGAACCGGCUGGACUUAGUGUUGGGAUCGGCGUGCCUGCUAUUCUUGGAAAACUGGGAUCGCAUCGGAUGAGCUUAGGGGAUCAAGCCUUCUUCCUCUUGGCCUUCAUUGCUUGCACGACCUCGGUAGCAUUUGCUAGCUUUGUAAUUGCAGCCAUCCCAACUCUUAUUGCAAUGAAGCGAGUUGCAAUAUCUCUUACAAGACUAGCAGAUACUGCACAAGAGGAGCUUCCUAGUACCAUGGCUGCAAUAAGACUGUCAGGCAUGGAGAUCAGUGAUCUUACUUUGGAAUUGAGUGAUUUAAGCCAAGAAAUAGCUGAUGGCAUCAACAAAUCUUCACAAGCUGUCCAAGCUGCAGAAGCUGGCAUCCGACAGAUUGGUUCUAUAGCUAAGCAACAAACAGUUUCCUUGAUACAAGAAAGAGCAAACUUACCAGACAUCUCUUUGAAACCCAUGGUAGCAGGUGCUGCAAAGAAAACUUCUCAUGUCGUCGGCCAGGCAAAGAAAACUUUGAUGAGCAUUAUAUCUGGAGGGGAGAAUAACUCAGAGGGUGAAAAUGAAGAUUUGUCUGAUAAGGUGGAAAUGUGACCUAUUUUUGGAGGACUGAGAGCAUACUAUAUAUUGGACACUAGUAAUAACACGGUAUGAUCGAAAAUGGAAAAUUUUGAAUUUGCUACAUUGGCUGAAAGUUUUGUACCAAGUUGUGUACUUGAUAAACAAGAUUUCAAAUUAAGCAAUGUAAACAAGUUAGAUUUGUUAGUAUAUAAAUGCAAGAUGCAUGCAUACAAAGCUUGCUGGCUUAGAUUCCCUUGUAUGUUCAUGAUUUCCUUCAGGGAUGUAAACGAGUUAAGCCGAAUCAAACUUUGUAGUGUUU